AGGGGCGUUGAGGUGAUGACCUGAAGCUGUAAAGUCAAGGUCACCUGGGGGCUCUCUCUUUGUGCCAGGAUUUGCAGCCAGCCUGAGUCGCAGGGCUGAGGCCAGGCCCAGAGCACCCGAUUCUCCUGGGUUCCAGCCCUCUCUCCAGGCUUACCGUAGAGACUGGAACCUUACAGCAGGAAAACGACGCCCUUUCCUGUCGCCUACUCAUUCCCCAGGCGGACUACUUAAGAAGGGAGAGACGAGAUGGAUUAAGAAGAUUAAUUUACCCGGAGGAAGGGCGGGGCGCGCAGCGGCGGUGGCCGCAAUGACCGGCGGGCGCAGGUGCGGCCCAAGGCCGAAUUUUACGCUCCAGAGCCGGCCGCUGCGCCAUUUGCCGUCUGGGGCGGCCUCCACUCGCCUGCCCCAGCUUUAGGCAAGUCUCUUUCAGGGACCCUGCGGGAGAGGAAACACCUCCCCCGGGACUGGAAAAACCUGCAACGUCGACUGUUCGCGUGCCCACUUGCCCUACCGGCAGCCCCCGGCGUCUCCAUUGCGCCAGAUCCACUCUCCAGGUUUUUGGCGACAGCUCCGAGCGGAAUCGAGCUGGAAACUGACAGAACGCGACCCUCCCCGCAAGCCUGGGCUUCGAGUGGCCCGGGGACCCGUGGCUCGGCUGAGGCGGCGCGAUCAGGUGGCUUCUGCUUUCCGAGAGUCCCCAGCACCCCGCGCGGAGGCUUGUCGGGCUAGAUCGGCUCGUUUGGACAAGGAGAGGUUUCUCCAUGCUGUGGAAGGGAUUGGAUGAUGUAAACCGCUCUCCAGAAAGCCCUGCUUGGCUAUAAGUCCAGGAGGACCUCUUAGACCUCUGUCUCUUUUCAGAGCCACAUCUGAAGCUACUUGAGAAAAAUGAUGUGACAGUUCCUAUCAAAAAGGAUAUUGGGAAACAUAUAACAUCCACGAAGAAAGUGGCCCUUUUUCCCUUUUGUAGAAUCGACAUUCUCAAAUUCCAAAAUGCCAGCCAAGACCCCAAUUUACCUGAAAGCUGCCAAUAACAAGAAAGGAAAGAAAUUUAAAUUGAGGGACAUCUUGUCUCCUGAUAUGAUCAGUCCUCCCCUUGGAGACUUCCGCCACACCAUUCACAUCGGCAAGGAGGGCCAGCAUGACGUCUUUGGAGACAUUUCCUUUCUUCAAGGGAACUAUGAGCUUCUACCUGGAAACCAGGAGAAAGCACGCAUGGGCCAGUUCCCUGGGCAUAAUGAGUUCUUCCGGGCUAACAGCACCUCCGAUUCCAUGUUCACAGAAACGCCCUCCCCGGUGCUCAAAAACGCCAUCUCCCUCCCGACCAUUGGAGGGUCCCAAGCACUCAUGUUGCCAUUAUUGUCACCGGUGACAUUCAAUUCCAAACAGGAGUCCUUUGGGCCGGGAAAGCUGCCCCGGCUUAGCUGUGAGCCAGUCAUGGAGGAGAAGGCCCCAGAGAAAAGCAGCCUGUUGGAGAAUGGGACAGUCCACCAGGGGGAUGUCUCGUGGGGCUCCAGCGGGUCCGCAUCCCAGUCCAGCCAGGGCAGGGACAGCCACUCUUCCAGCCUCUCCGAACAGUACCCCGACUGGGCGGCAGAGGACAUGUUUGACCAUCCCGCCCCAUGUGAGCUCGUCAAGGAAAAGAGUAAAUCAGAGGAGUCCCUCUCUGAUCUCACAGGUUCCCUCCUCUCCCUGCAGCUUGAUCUUGGGCCCUCAUUUCUGGAUGAGGUGCUGAAUGUCAUGGAUAAAAAUAAGUAACCAGCACACCGCCGGCUCUUUUCCUUUGGGGUAAAAGGUAUCCAAACAAAACAAAACUAACCACAAAGAGAAGAGUUUCCCUGGCUCUGUUUGCCAUCGUGUGAUGGGUUUUCUAAAAUAACUUUCCUACAAAAUAUUUUUUUACCUGUUAUGCCCUGUUUUGCAAAAACAGUUAAAAAGAAAAAGAAAGAAACCUGUCCUGGCAAAGAGAGGAAGUGAGUCAGACCAAUUUUUGGCGGCAUUCUGGUGUACAGCUCACAUUUUUUGUUUCCAGACACGUAAGAAAUCUGGCUUGGCCAGGAUUGGCACUGCUUAGCUGCGAAGGGCUGUGCCAGUCACAUUAAGGACCUUUACAGUACUCUGGCAUUUCAGCCUAUUCUAAGCAAGAGGAAGUCAAAAUUUAUUUAACACCUAAGCCUUUUUUCUAGACUCUUUUCUAUAUUAUGUUGUUUGGGCUCACCAUGGCAAAUCUUCAGUGUUAAAAACUUCUCUGUUUUCACAUUUGAACAACUAUGGGUUUUGGGGAUUUUCUUGUAGCUCUUAUAUAUCCCUAUAUAUUAUAUCUAUAUUGCGAAUUUUUGACUGUCAGCUACAUGUUGGUAAGACACAAGCAAAGUAUUACUGUAACUAAGUUAUUUUUAAAGUUAAAAUAUAUUUUUAUGUGCCUUUGGCUUUUUAUUGCAGAGUCUACAUUUUAUAGAUACUACAUCAAAUGUGGUCAUUUGACUUUUUCCAUUGGGGUUCCAUUGUAAGCUGUGUAUGCUUGGAAAAGUGUAUUCAUACUUAGCUUUUUUUUUUUUUUCCUUCAUCUGUUAUCAUACUUUUCACGGCAGCCAACAACGGAUUGUAAAGGCACAGGUUACUCACAAUGCUUCUGCAGAGACUGUGGGCUACACCACAUAAUGUUACUUGGAAAUAUGGGUAUUUUAGUACAGUGCAUACUUGCAUUACAUAGGUACUUCAUACAACACAAUAAAGAGUAAAUGUUAAAAUCAAUUUUCUUGGUUAUAAUAAUAAACAGAAACAUAAGA